AUGUCUCGUUCUUUGGAUACUCUUUCUUAUAGAAUGACAUUACCAUCGCUUGCAGAACUUAAAUUUGCAAUCAACACUGUGAUUGAACUACCCAAGAUGAUUCCAAGCAGAAUAUGCUCUGACGACCAAUUUGGGUUUAACAGUAACACAAGUCAGUCCUUAUACCCCCGUCAGCAGCGGACAAGAUAUGCAAGCAAUGCCAAAUGUCUGGCAGAUAGUCUCAAAUCAAAAGGGGACUUCAUUCUAUCGCAAUCUCGAGAGGUCAUAGUGUUUCAAGGGUUAGAUGAUGUACGUGAGGCUUUUGGAGAAAAGGGUGACGGCGUGGUGGACAACACUUCAACUGGACAAAUGAGAACCUCAUACUAA